UGCGCACUGACCGUUUUCACUAUUGAACUGAACUGUUGCUCGGUAACUACCGGGAAUUAGCGGCUUUUCUCGGUCACAUUUGAACGACCAUCACUGCCAGAGGAAUCCAAGUGCCAUAUUUUGUGUUCACCGAGAGGAUUUCAAUCACAGGACCGCUGAAUUCAUAAAUCUCAGAGGAUGGCUGUAUUAUUGGCGCAUUCGUCCCAGAUGUAGCCGAACGAACAUGCCACGUCUCCUCAGCACACCUGCACACGUGUGAAAGACCCUGAAUAUGAAAAUGCCUUGAAAUAUGAUGUCAUGGAGGAAUACACCUGUGCCGAGAAGAAGCUGCCAGUAAAGUUUUGAUUCGUCCACAUCCACUGGUUCAUCCACUCCAGCAAUGGGAAGGAUUAGCAUUUCCUGCCUGUUUCCAGCAUCCUGGCACUUCAGCCUGUCUCCGGUGGUUCUGCCACGGUUCCUCUUGCCUUCCUUCAGGCAGCUGCUGCUGCUGGGUCUGUUGGCUGGUGUGAUGGGGUUGCUGUACCUCCUGCUGGUUACAGGGAAGGGCCAGUACAGCUGGUUAAGAGAGGACAGACACAUCCACACACGUUUGGGUCGGGUGCCAGAUAUGGAGGCUACGGACACCAAUAACCCCAACCUGAAUUACGGGCUGGUGGUGGACUGUGGCAGCAGCGGCUCCCGUGUGUUCGUGUACACCUGGCCUCGGCACAACGGCAACCUGCAUGAACUCCUCGACAUCAAACAGAUGCGAGACAAGCACAGAAAGCCUGUAGUGAUGAAGAUCAAGCCAGGUAUUUCAGAGUAUGCAUCCACACCAGACAAGGCCAGCGACUACAUCAGCCCUCUGCUGAGCUUUGCUGCUCAGCACAUCCCUAAGAACAAGCACCAGGAAACGCCUCUCUACAUUCUGUGCACCGCCGGAAUGAGAGUCCUGCCUGAAAGCCAACAGGAGGCCCUGCUGGAGGAUUUGCGGACUGACAUUCCUGUAAAUUUCAACUUCCUGUUCUCUGACUCCCAUGUGGAAGUUAUCUCAGGCAAACAGGAAGGAGUAUAUGCAUGGAUAGGCAUCAACUUUGUUCUGGGCCGCUUCAAUCAUGUUGAGGAUGAACAUGAGGCAGUGGUGGAGGUGCAGGUUCCUGGUAGUGACCAGCAGGAGACGCUGGUGCGCAAGCGUACGGCUGGUGUAUUGGACAUGGGCGGCGUCUCUACUCAGAUCGCAUACGAAGUGCCCAAAACUGUAAGCUUUGCUUCUCCACAACAGGAAGAGAUAGCCAAGAAUCUGUUGGCGGAGUUUAACCUGGGCUGUGACGCCCACAGAACAGAACAUGUUUACCGCGUUUACGUCUCAACAUUUUUGGGUUUUGGUGGAAACGCGGCCCGCAAGAGAUAUGAGGAGAACCUCAUCAGCACCACUCAAAUCAAAAACAAGCUGCUGGGUCAGCAUCAAGGUGAGAGCGCAGACUCACCCAUCCUCGACCCCUGCCUGCCAGCUGACCUCCAGGAUGAGGUGGGUCCUCAGGACCAGAGAGUUCACCUGCGUGGCACUGGAGACUUCGACCGCUGCCGUCUGCUGCUCCAGCCGUUCCUCAACCGCACCAACGACACCAGCACAUCUCUGAACGGAGUCUACCAGCCGCCCAUCGACUUCACCAACAGCCAGUUCUACGGCUUCUCCGAGUUCUACUACUGCACUGAAGAUGUACUGCGCAUGGGAGGAGACUACAACUCCACUAAAUAUUCGAAUGCUGCUAAGAGUUACUGUGCCACCCAGUGGAAGACCUUGAAAGAGCGUUUUGAUCGGGGACUUUACGCCUCGCAUGCUGAUCAACAUAGAUUGAAGUAUCAGUGCUUUAAGUCUGCGUGGAUGUAUGAGGUGCUCCACUCAGGGUUUGCAUUUCCAGCGGCGUAUGAGAAUCUCAGGACGGCCCUGCUGGUGUAUGACAAAGAAGUGCAGUGGACACUAGGAGCCAUUUUGUACCGCACACGUUUUCUACCUCUAAGGGACAUCCAGCAGGAGAGUCUGAAAGGCUCUCAUUCUCACUGGCAUCACAGCUUCUCCUUCAUGAACAACCACUAUCUCUUCCUGGUCUGUUUUUUGGUGGUGGUUUUGUCUAUUCUCCUUUACCUGCUCCGUCUCAGACGCAUACAUAACCGCUCCACACUCCUGCGCAGCGCCUCUGCUUCCGUCCAGUGGCUGGAGGAGGGCCUGGGUUCACCAGACCUCCCUGUUACCCUAUAGGGCCGGACCCUGUCAAUCAAACAACUGGCCAAUCACUGGAGGAGAACUCUCCACUGGACCUCUCCAAUAAAGACGCUUUGGUUUUUAAAACACUUUGUCAUGGUUUUGCAUCCUAUCACGUCCCUCAAUCGUCACAUCACUGUUUGGAUUUUCACAAAAUGAUUUGCAAGGGAAUCUACAUGACAUUUGCAGCCAAGGCUAGUCAAAUUUGUGAUAUAAUGUGAAGAUGGUGAAGACUGGAACUCUGGAAAAGACCGUAUGGAAAAGACCUCUGAUCAUCUUUGAUGUUUAGUUGUUUAUUUAUUAUUCGUCUGAGGAACGCUAAGGCUGCCUUUUGAUUUUCAAUGUCACUAUCAAUGUGAAAGAGGACAUGUGACUGGAAUAUGGUCCCCAAUUUGGAUUUAUAUACUUCAGAGUCUAGACAAGGUUCUGCCGGCUGUCGCCUUGACUCAAGACUGUACGCAUAAUUGAACAUUUAUUAAAUGUUUUGGUUGUGCCAAAGAGAAACAGAGUGAGAUUCUUUUUAAAAGAUGACUUAAAUGUUUUUACCACCAAAACCUUUUUUUUUUUUUCUCCUCUCUGUUCGGUACAAUAGAAACUCUUGUCUUAGAACUUUGUUCUUGGGAUUUUUUUUAGACACUGAAGUUGGACUGCUUUGAUAUCGUGGUAGAAAGCAAAUCUGUUUUGAAAAGAUCAUUUUUUUUCUACCCAAAACACCUUAGAAAGAACAGCGCGAAAUAUCAGUGCAUGACUGCUGAGGAAAAACAAGAAAAUGGCUCUCAUUUUUAAUUUUUUUUGGUUAAAGGUAGAUGCUUUCAGUGAUAAAUAUUACAGUGUUACAGUGUUACAGUGACCGAAUUACUACUUUAUCACUGGCACUGCUUAUUGCUUGUCUGUGAGUGUAUGUAGGAUUGUGAGCAUGUGUAUGCACACCUUUAUUUUAUUUAUUUUUUCUGUUUUUUUGUUUUUUUUAAAUGCCAUCACCUAUCAUUUCUAUGACUUUACAUUGGGGUUGAGCUGUAAAUGUUGUAUUUGAACAUAAAGAGCUCUAUGAUGAGAGUCAGUGCAAUAUAUUUCGGGGUUGAAUCACAAUUUUGCGCUCCAGCUUGCAAUUUAUAAUAAUAG